AUGAAAGCAGACUUUGCUCAACACCUGUCUAUAUAUAUUGCAGGUCUCAGUGGCUGCCCAGCUGAUCCAUUCACUUCAUUGCCUGCAAAGUACGACGUGUUGUAGAUCAUGGCUCCUUGGCCUGAGGUGGAAAAGCCUGAAACCAAUAACUAUAUAGGGGACUCUUCCAAACAAAACCAGAACAUGCCUGGAAAGGAAGGAGAAAAUCAUAAAGGCAAUGUAGCUUCGCUUGGAAAUAAAGGGGAAAUUCAACCUGCGUUUUCCACAAUAGCCUUGAUAGAUGAGACAAGGCCAGAAGAAGAGGACCCAUGGGCUCUGCCAGAACUUGCAGACACUGGGGUGAAGUGGUCAGAACUGGAUAGAAAAGGGAAAAUCAUUCGUGUAUUGUAUGGGAUAGGGAAGUUUAUCAUCUUGCUUGGAUUACUCUACUUAUUCGUGUGUUCCCUGGACGUGCUGAGCUCUGCUUUUCAACUGGUAGGAGGUAAAGCAGCAGGGGACAUUUUUCAAGAUGACUCCGUGUUGUCUAAUCCAGUUGCGGGAUUGGUGAUAGGCGUUCUAGUGACCGUCAUGGUCCAGAGCUCCAGCACUUCUUCUUCCAUUGUGGUCAGCAUGGUGUCCUCCACACUGCUGACAGUUCGCUCGGCAAUUCCUAUCAUAAUGGGGGCGAACAUCGGCACUUCGGUCACAAACACAAUCGUGGCGCUCAUGCAAGCCGGGGACAGGAACGAGUUUAGAAGGGCUUUUGCUGGAGCUACAAUUCACGAUUUCUUCAAUUGGCUUGCCGUAUUUGCAUUGCUGCCCAUUGAGGUUGUUUCUGGUUAUCUUUUCCAUCUCACCAAUGUUAUAGUUGAGUCCUUUCAUCUUGAAAGUGGCGACGAUGCCCCUGAGCUACUAAAAGUUAUCACGGACCCUUUUACAAAGCUCAUCAUUGAGCUUGAUAAAUCAGUAAUUAAUGCAAUUGCUACAAAUGAUGAAUCUGCAAAAAACAAAAGCCUGGUAAAGAUUUGGUGUGUAACUGUAACCAAUACGACCCUGCAGAAUGUCACAAUUCCACCUUCAGAAAACUGCACAUUUCCUGAAUUCUGCUGGUCCGAAGGAAACCUGACAUGGACCCUCAAAAAUAUAUCCGAAACAGAAUAUAUUAGUAAAUGCCGGCAUCUCUUUGCAGAAGCAAACCUGCCUGAUCUUGCCAUCGGUCUCAUCCUUCUGGCCUUGUCCCUGCUUGUUCUGUGCUCCUGUUUGGUGAUGAUCGUUAAACUCCUAAACUCUGUGCUGAAGGGGCAGGUGGCAAGCGUUAUCAAGAAGACGAUCAACACUGAUUUUCCAUUUCCAUUUACUUGGCUGGCUGGGUACCUGGCUAUGCUUGCAGGGGCUGGUAUGACCUUCAUUGUCCAAAGUAGUUCUGUUUUCACAUCUGCUAUUACACCUCUUGUUGGCAUUGGUGUUAUAAGCAUUGAGCGCUCUUAUCCUCUUACCUUAGGAGCUAACAUUGGUACAACCACAACAGCUAUACUUGCAGCUUUAGCAAGUCCAGGAAGUACACUAAAAUAUUCAUUACAGAUUGCGCUGUGCCACUUUUUCUUCAACGUCUCUGGGAUUAUUCUGUUUUACCCGCUGCCUUUUACCCGUCUGCCAAUCCGCAUGAGCAAGAGCUUGGGCAACAUAACAGCCAAGUACAGAUGGUUUGCUAUAUUUUAUCUUCUCAUCUGCUUCUUUCUCUUGCCUUUGUUUGUAUUUGGUCUAUCCCUGGCAGGCUGGCCAGUCCUUUUGGGUGUUUGCCUUCCCCUGCUUGCUCUUUGUAUUGCUGUGGUUGUGAUUAAUGUUAUGCAGUCGAAGAAGCCACACUCACUGCCUGAGAAGCUCCAAAACUGGGAUUUCCUACCCAUCUGGAUGCACUCGCUGGAGCCCUGGGACAAUAUGAUUAUGUCUUCGCUUGCCUUUUGUGGGAAACACUGUUGCGGCUUCUGCAAAUGCUGCAAAGUCAGCGCAGAACAGGAGGGUGCCAAAGACAAGCAGAUAAAAACUAUGGAGGUUUAUGAAAACACCAUUGCAAUGGCUGAUGAAGACAGAGGUGUAAGAAGAGUAGCACCCGUGGCUUGUGUUGAAAAAACGGGCACAAAUAACACAGCCUUAUAGUAGUGGACAACCCCCAGUAGUCGAGAUGCAGCAUAGGACACUAAGGCUCUUGAGGACCAGCUGGGACAAUGCACUGAGGACAGAGUGAACAUUUUGUUAGGACAGCAGCUAGCCGUACAUCACUCGUCAAGGAAUGGAGUCAAACAAGCUUGGC